AUGAUCCAGAACUUUACGGGCGAGAAGAACGUAUUCUUCUGCGGUGUAUUCGAUGGUCAGGGUCCCUCGGGUCACAAGGUCGCACGCCAUGUUUGUGACGCCUUGCCCCUGAAGCUUUCCAAGAUGCAUCAGCUUCAGCAUCGACAUCGGGGUGGUGCUAAGAAGGACAGCGACAAGGACAAUUGUCACAAACAAUGGGAGACGGAUUUGAUUAAAGCUUUCGAAGAACUAAAUGAAGAUCUCAUUAUGGAAGAAUCACUUGAUAGUUAUUGCAGUGGUGCCACGGCUGUAACCCUUGUUAAGCAGGACCAUCACUUGAUAAUUUCGAACUUGGGGGAUUCUCGAGCGAUUCUCGCAACUAGGGACAACAGAAACCAACUUAUUCCGGUUCAGCUCACGGUCGACUUGAAACCGAGCGUGCAAAGUGAAGCCGAAAGAAUCGAGAAACACAGCGGCAUGGUGUUUGCUAUGGAAAUAGAACCGAAUGUACCGCAAAUAUGGAUGCUGGACCAAGAUUGCCCCGGUCUAGCCAUGUCGAGGGCUUUCGGGGAUUUCUGCCUCAAGGAUAAUGGACUUAUCUCGACACCUCAAAUCUUUUAUAGAACACUUACACCCAAAGAUGAAUUUAUAGUGAUGGCGACUGAUGGGGUGUGGGAUGUGCUCUCAAACAAUGAGGUGAUACAAAUAGUAUCCUCAGUGAAGAGACAAUCCAUAGCAGCAAAGGUGCUGGUUUAUUACGCGGUUCAAGCAUGGAGAACAAAGUACCCGGGUUCGAAGGUCAACGACUGUGCCGUGAUUUGCUUGUUCUUAAAGAAACGACCUCCUCCAACCGCGAAUUCGACUUCGGGGGCCUUGUCCGAUGUCAGCAUGCAGACCGCGAGCAUCGUGGAUGCUCCGGACCCUCAAGGCAAGAAAACCGGGGAAGGCGAGACCGUGAUCAAUUUCGAAAUCGUUGUGGAUCAUAAGACGCUUGAAGAAGUAAGUAGAGCAAAUGCUUAUAAGCGUUCUCGGCUUGGCAAUUUUAGUAGGCACAAAACGUAUGGGGAUUCUGGUGGUGGAACACGAUGCUAAUAUUUGUAAUACAGUAAAACGUCGAAUAUUAUUCAA